CUCGAGUCCGAGUCCGAGUCCGAGCUGGGUGCGGGAGCCGAGCGGGGGCGGGACGUGGGCCAAGCACCAUGGAGGAAAGUGGUGCAGAUGGUGUAGCGUCACCAGCAACUCCCGGAACAGGAAAAUCUAAGCUGGACACUCUGUCAAAGGAAGACCUUAUAAAAUUCGCAAAGAAGCAGGUGGUGCUUUUACAGAAGACAAAGUCAAAAUGCACUGUGCUGGAAAAUGAAAUAGAACAGCUUAAGACAAAACCAGCUAUUGAAGCUAAUGAUGCAGUCAUCCAGGAACUGACAACCAGGCUGGAUUUGGUACUCUUGGAAAAAGCAGAAGCUCAACAAAGUACGCUCUCUCUAAGAAAGGAGAAUGAAAAAUGCAAAGAAGAAUUGAAGGAUGCAUUGUCAAGAGAAGUAGCACUCCAGGAAGAAAUUGAAUCAUUAAAAAAUCAGCAUUUGAACAAAAUUGAAGCUUUAUGUUGUGAUUUAGAAACUGCUCGAGCAAAACACAAAGAUGAAAUGACCAGGUUAGAAAAUGAGCUUCAGGAGUCAAAUCUCAAACACACAACCUACAUUGGACAACUUGAGCAACAGCUUGAAGUCUACUCAGUGCAGCAGACUGAAGCAAAGAGGCUGGAAGAAGAAUUAAAUGAAGUUGAAAAAUCUUCUGAGGAUCAGAUUUUACAGUUGAAACAGCAAUUGGAAGCUACCACCAAAGAGCAGAAGGGAGAAUUGAAAAGGCUGCAAGAAAUUAAUAGGAACUAUGUUUCUGAAAAUGAAAAUGAAAUGAAGAACCUUAAAAAGACUCAUCAAGAAGAAGUGGCACUGUUGAAGCAACAGUUUGAAUCUGCAGUUAUAGCACACAAGCAGGAACUUAAGAUGUUGGAGCAAGAUUUAGUAGAUAAGCAUUUAAAGAAAGAGAGAAGUCUUGAGAAUGAACAGAUUGCUAAUAUUAGCAACUAUGAGCUUCAGUUGAAUCAACUGAAAGAUCAGUUAAGAAAAAUGACAGAAGAGCAAAAGGAGGUUCAACAUUUGCAACAAAAGCUUCCAAAAGAAUCAGCCUCUGACUCCAGUGAGCAGGUGAAAUAUCUUGAGGAUUGUGUGAAAAAAUUAGAAUCACAGCAUAGUUUGAUGCAGGGUGAGCUUGCUUACAUGAAAAAUGAAAAAGAGAAGGUAGAAAUGGAAUUGCAACUUGCAAAAGAGGAGUUGUUUCAUGAGCGAGAGGAUUGGGAAUUUAAGAUAAAUGAACUCCAGCUGUCCAAGGAAGAAUAUAUGAGCAUGGUCACAAAACUGACAGAUGAACUUAAUUCUGCUAAAGACCAUUGUGAAAUGGCAGUGACGCAACAUUCCUCUGAAAUACAAGUUAUAACAGAACAACAUAAAAAGGAUAUUUCAAUGUUAGAGCAAACUUUACUUUCUGUAGCUGAAAAUGAAAAACUAGAAUCUCUUCUUAAGAUAGACAAUUUGACAAAGCAUUGCCAAACAUUAUUGGAAGAGAAAGAGGAGGCAGAGAGUCACUAUGAAAACUUGCGCAAAACCAUGGAAAUGCUACAAACUGAAUUAGGAGAAUCAGCUUCAAAGAUUAGCCGUGAGUUUGAGGUUAUGAAACAGCAACAAUCUGAUGAAAUUCAUGACCUGCAACAGAAACUCAGAAAAGUUUUUAAUGAGAAAGAUUCUCUUUUGGAAUUGAUCAACAAACUGCAGGCUGAAGUUGAAGAGGCAAAAGAACUGAAACAAAUUGUAAGUAAUUUUGAAGAGAAGAAUCAGGAAUUGGCAUCUUCGAUUCAGAUGAAAGAGGCAAUUGUGAUUGAUUCAAAAGAACAUGUGGAUAAUUUAGUGAAAGAGAAGGAGGAAUUAUUAUCAAGAAUUUGUAUCUCUGAGAAGUCAAUAAAUAGUUUGGAACAAUCUUUCAUACUGGAGCAGGGUAAAUGUGCAGAACUCCAACAACAAAUACAAGUCCUCAAUAAGGACAAUUGUGAAUUGCAACAGAAAUUGGAUGAAAUUGCACUUCAUUUAGAAGAGACAGUUUCUGAAAAAGAUGCUUGCUGUCAAAAAUUGAGUGAAGUGGAAAACAGACUGGAAGCUAUUAAAACUGAGAAGGAGCAUUUGAACUCUCAAACAAAAAACUUGGAGGAACUUAUUACAAACUUAGAAAAGGAAAAGGAAUUGUUGCAAAGUGAAAUAGCUAUAUUCAGUUUACAAAAUGAAAACAUGGGAGCAAAUGAAGAAAAACUUAAAGAUCUCAAUAAACAACUACAAACUUUAAUUCAAGAAAAGGAAAGCUUAGAAAUAGCAGAUAGACUUGAAAAACAGCAACUUUUUGAUGUUAGACAUGCAAUAUUUAAUAUUCUUAAACAAGGAGCUAUUAGUUUCGCAAAUAAUGCAGAUGAAGUAGGUAUAAUUGAAGCAAUGCAAUUACUUGAAGAAUAUGUGACAAAAAUUAGGGAAGAAAAGCAGUCUGCAGCACUACUAUCUGAUGAGCGUGUACUGCAUUUGCAAGAAGAAUUGCAAUUGCAGAGUGAUGCAAAUAGAGAUCAACAGGCUGAACUCGAUUGUUUAAUCGAUGACCUCAAAAAAGAGAAAACUCUUUUGCAAAAGCAUCUAGAUGAAGCACUGUUUGAUAAGGAAGGACUGCAAAGAGAUCUGUUAGAGAUGCAGAACCUCAGUGAAAAAAUUAGCCUUGAGAAUGAAGAUCUGCUCAUUCAGAUUCAAAAUGUUACACAGAAGCUUGAAAACUUGGAAACACAAAAGCAAGAACAGAAUGAAAAAACUGAAAAAGAAACAGUACAAGAAGAGGAGGAAAAAUUGAAGUGUCAGUUGAACGAAAAAGAAUCUGAACUGUCAAAAUGCAAAGAAGAGCUUGAAACGUUGAAGGAUUUGAUGUUGAAAAUCUCCAGUGAAGAGAACACCUUAAAAAACACGAUUGUAGAAAUGAAUGAGAAAGUGGUUGAACUAGAAAAAGUAAGCAAUGACAAGGAAAACCGAAUAAACAAGAUUAAAGCUGUGGCUGUGAAAGCUAAGAAAGAACUUGAUGCCAGCAAAAAGCAGGUGCUACUCUUAACAGAAGAGAUGGAGAUUGUAAAGUCUGAACGAGAUCGACUGUCAUUUUCCAUUAAAGACAUUAUGCAAGGAUCUGAAAACUACAAGAACCUUUUACUAGAAUAUGAGAAGCAAGCAGAAAAGUUGGAUAUGGAAAAGGAGCGAGCAAAUAACUGUGAAAACCAGGUGGAGGAGCUUACACAACACUUGCAUGCAUGUCUUCAACAGCAUAAACAGUUGGCUUCAGAUAAAGAAGAUACGUUGGCUCAUUUAGGAACUUUGCAGUCAAAUGCCAAACAGCUGGAAAUGCAGAUAUUAGAAUCUGAAAAAGCCAAGAUUGCUAUUGAAAAGGAGCUAGAGGCCAUAAAACUUGUUAAGGAACAGAUAUCUAAGGACAAUUGUACACUGGUAAAAGAAACUGAAGAACUUAAAAAGCAACUUCAAAAUGAGAAACACCAACUGCAACAAACAGUGCAAGAACUGGAACAUGUGAGAAAGGAUGCCCAAAAAAGUACAUUAAUGGACAUGGAGAUUGCAGAUUAUGAGCGUUUGGUGAAAGAACUGAACCUGAAAAUUACUGACCGAGACAACAGGAUUGGUGAAGCAGUGGAAGAAACAGCAUUGUGCAAACAGAAACUGGCAAACAUGGAAGAUGAAAUAAAAUCUCUUCAGAAAACAUUGGAAGAAAACAAAGAGAAAAACACCAAGGUGAAACAAAUGUUAGUGAAAACCAGGAAAGAACUUACUGAUUCAAAAAGAAUUGAAGCAGAGCAAUUAGUUCUUCAAGCUGCUAUUAAAGGAGAUCUGGAAUUAAGCCAACAGCAAGUGGAAAAUUACAAGAUUCAAAUAGCAGAAUUAACUGCUGAAAACCAUAAGAUUCAUGAACAGUUGCGUCAGGCAAAUGAACAAAACCAUCGUACUUUGAGUGCGUUUACACAGAAGAUGGCAGCUCUGCAGGAAGAAUGCAAAAUUGCUAAGGCUGAGCAAACUGCAACUGCUGUAGAUUUUGAAAGUUACAAAGUUCGUGUUCAUAAUGUCUUAAAGCAACAGAAGAACCGAUCAGCUGCCCAGAAUGAAAAUGAAUUGACUCAGCAAGAAAAAGAACAUCUCCAAAAGGUGAUUGACCAGUUGAAGGCCAAAUUACAGGAAACUCAGUGUAAUCUACAAGUCAGUGUGGGUGAGCUGCAGGCUCUGCAGUUAGAGCAUGACAUGCUGCUGGAACGGCAUAACAAGAUACUGCAAGAAACUGUUUCCAGGGAGGCUGAGAUUCGAGAAAAACUUUGCUGUGUCCAGUCAGAAAAUGCGAUGUUGAGAUCAGAGCAUGCUCAGACUGUGAGUCAGUUGAACACCCAGAAUGAAGCAGCUCAAAACAACUUCCGCGAGCAAGUCCAGCAAAUACAAGAAAAUCACAGAAAGACAGUUGAAACGUUACAGCACCAAUUGUCUACAAUGGAGGCACAGAUAUUCCAGCUUAAAACUGAAAACAGUUUAGCAAGUUCUCCCCCAAUUCAGCCUUCGGGGAAGAUUUUGCGUGACAGAAAAAGCAUGGACAUAUCUCUAUUAGAUAUAAAUUCCAUUGAUCGUGAGGAAGGAGAGGGAAUGGAGAUGACUGAAACAGAGUCAGUGUCGUCUACUAAUAACCAAGUUGCAUCUCUUGAGCAAUUGCUCAGUUCCCCUGAGACUAAGUCAGAUGUUCCUCAGUGGCAGCCUGAGCCAACCAAGGAAGAAAUUGCACAAAAGUUAAACACAGCUACAAAGAGUAUUGACCAUUUAAAUGGACUCCUGAGAGAUACAGAAGCUACCAAUGCCAUCCUUAUGGAACAGAUUACGCUGCUGAAAAGUGAAGUAAGGAGGCUAGAAAGGAACCAGGAACGUGAGAAGUCUAUUGCAAACCUGGAAUACUUGAAGAAUGUUAUGUUGAAGUUUAUAUUCCUAAAUGCAGGAAGUGAGAGGCAGAGCCUUCUCCCUGUAAUUGACACAAUGUUGCAACUGAGCCCAGAAGAAAGAAGUAAACUUGCUGCUGUUGCUCAAGGGGAAGAAGAAAGCACUUCACGGUCAUCAGGUUGGGCUUCGUAUCUUCACAGUUGGUCUGGACUUUAAUAAAGUUCAAUAGGGCAAAAUAUUUUAAGUUAACAUUCCAGCCUUACCACAAAGAGCAGACAAUGUUGGUUUAUGGAGAGAAGACUGCCUUAGACAUUUUGUUUCCUCAAAUUAAUUUAUCUAUUGUGUUUCUAGUAUGAUUUGUAAAUAUCCUUGUUACUUUGUGUUCAUUUGUCUUUUUUAAUAUUUCUAACUUUAUAAUCCCUAUGGGGAAGAACUUAUAACUGGAAGGAGAGAUUUUAAUGUGAUUUGCACAGAAGAGUGAGUGAUCUUUGAUGUAAAUUUAUGAUGAGCCUAUUUUUCUUAUUCCAAUAUUGUAAAAGCACUGUUAGCAUGCACCUGGUGAUGCUUGGCAUGACAAACCCAACUACUUCAUAUACUACUGUAAAAGGGGCCACUGGUGAUCUACAAAAGUAGUACAAGAACUGGAAAUGCUGAAGACACUCCAGGUCAAACAUAAUCUUUGAAUUUACAAACAAUGUUAACAUUUCAGCUUGACCUUUCAUCACAAUUGUUAGAUAUGUUAUAGAUUAUAAACAAAUACCAAGGUAGUAAAAGGUGAACAGGGAAGACGAUAUCUGUGAUAAGGAGGAAGGGAUUAUGUAUCAACAUCUUCAAUUUUAAAUCUAAUUAACAUCCUAGAUAAUUUGCAUUUGAUCCCACUUCCUGUUUAUCCAAUUCCAUCAUUUUGUGUUUAUUUCAGAUUUUUCAACACUUGGUGUUUUACUUAUGGAAGCAAUAGGUUAUGUGCAGAAAGCGCUGUUUGUUUACCCUAAAAUCAAAUCUCUUGUCAUGACUAAAAUGUGAAUGGAUUGUUUAAAAAAAAUUGUGAGUUUAAUUACAGGCAUUAUAUAGGUAUAUAAAAAUCAUAGCAUUCCAAUGUUACUGGGGUUUUACAUGUUAUCAUUACUGGCAGUAAGCUUUUUGGAAAAUUAGACAUAUUUUCAUUGGCAUCGGUUGCAUGUUUGAAUUAGUUCAACUCAUACUAUGUGCAUUAAUUUAACUAGAAUAAAUCUAUACCAAAAGGAAACUAUUGGAAGGUGUAGAAAAUGAAAGUGAUUGAAAGAUUUGCUCACCAUUGAUGAGGUUUUCUUAAACAAAAGAUGAUUUUCUGGAAUCUCAAAGGCUGUUGGAUACAUUGAAAAAAAAUACAAGAAAAGUGCACUUCAGUUGUAUAUAAUUACACCCUGAGCUUUUCUUUGGAGGGAUCAAAUGAAUUAUUUUGAAAUGUAUAUUUGAUGUACUUAUUUUCUGAAACCAUACCUUCAAGUUGUACAUACUGGCAUAUGAAGAUUCUUCUGUAUAUGUUGGUUUACUAUUUGUUUUAUAUUUUUAGAUAUAAGGCUCUACUGAUUUCCCUUUUCCAAAUAUACAUUAUUUCCAUUAACCACUUGUUAAUAGUGGCUGAAUGGUUUAGUGCUCAACUUACUGCCUGAACUAGAAACUAUUUUAGAGCAGCAAGGUGAUGAGCCUCCUGAAAAUAUUUCCCACCUUCCCAUUAAUAAUCCAAAAAUAAUCAAAUUCCAUUGCUAAAUCAAACCUUUACCCCUAAAUUUUAUUGACAUUUUACACUCAAAGCCACAGGCCAUUUGUAAAAUAUGAUGCAUCACUGUUCAUCUUUCAAAACUGCAACAGAAAAGGGCAAUUCCAUUUAUAAUAUGCAGAGUAAGAAAUGUACAGAUUGAUCUCAGGUCAUUUGUUGCUUGUGUUGUCUUUUAAAUGGAUUUUCAGUUAGUGUGCAUAUUUGUAUUUCAGCACAUCAUAACCAGUAAGGAUGCUCAGAUGCAGAUAUAGCUACUGACUGUUGUUCUUGAAUGAAUCACGUUUUGUUCUAAUAUGGACAGAGUUCUUGUCAUUUUUGUUAUAGGUGGACCACACAGUUGAAGUUUACCUAUUUGAUUUUUGGAAAAAUCUGUACCUUUCCACUAUGUGAGAUCAUUUAAUUCCUGUUCUACCCUCAUGGUAGCACAUUCCUUGAAAGCCAAGCAUUGUGUCUGAUCAUUUUUGUGGAGUUUCAGUAAAAGCCCUUAAUAAUGUGGGGAAUUCACAGUCUGCCUUGACACAAAUAACAUACUGUGCAUUUGUGAUUUGCCUUGCAUAUGAAACAAAUUUAAUGAUGUAAGGUAAAUUUCUUUUGACUGUAUGAUAGUUUAAAUUUGGCCUUUGGCAUAUUUAGGAGAACAUUCUUUACAGUUUGAGAGAUGGCUACUUAGAAGCUGAAAAAAUGGGGGAGAAAAAAAACAGCUUGUAAAAUGCACCGCCUUUGAAGACUUAUCCUUAUUUCUGCCUAUUCAUAGGGGUAGCUUUGUUUUCAAAAUACUAUCCAACUUUCCCGGAAAACUAAUUUAAUAAUCUGCUGCUGGUGACCUUAUCGGUUAUUUCUUUGCAAAGCAAGGUUAUGUAAUAUCAAUGAAUUUUAUAAAUGCAAGGUUUGCCGUUAAGUAUAUUUGUAGCUGUUCACAAUUUAUAAAUUAAGUGCAUUCUUGAUUUGAAAAUAUAAAUUUUGCGAAACUCAUCUUUUAAUUUAGCAUUCAUGUUUGAAUGUUUUGUAUGUAAACUUGAAAUGUGUAAUCCAAGGUCCCUCUUUUGAUUAGAGAAUAGGGAGCUUCCUUUAUUUGGUAAUGAUCAGUCUGCUCAUAUUCCAGUGAUGGUAUUUGAACAAUUUGGUCAUUAAUACCUUUUACUGUAUCUUCUGAAGUUCCAUAGGCUCAGAUAUUGUAUUUCUUUCUAGAAAGGCAAAGUAGUUUUCCUGGUAUAAAUGGUGCCUACACCACAUUAGCUCCAAGCAUGAGGUCUGUUUCCAUAUACUCUACCCUUGGUGCAUCCAUUGCCUAUUUGUUUGGCAACCAUUGUUAAUUGAGCCUCAAUUUGCUGUUACUGAACAUGAAGCCUGAAGUCAUCAUCUUUGCAGCUGUAAUGCAUGCUUAUGACCAACAAAUAUCCCCUUGUGCACUGUCCAAGGCUGAAUCAGAAUUUGGAACCUUGAUACCUUGUUCAACUGUCUCAAAGAUUGUUCCAUCUCCACAGUGUUACCUGUCUCACGUACCUACCCCUGCAUAGCAUUUCUUCCCUCUCGAACUCUUGUUCUUUCUUUAAGACUUGAUUACUCCAACAAUCUCUAGCUGGCCACCAAUCUUUACAACGUCAAUUAUGCUACCUGUAUACCAUCUGGCAUUAAGUUCGCCUCACCUCUAUUGGUAAACUAAUUUUAAAUCCUUAUUCUCAUGUUUAAGUCAGCCUGUAGGUUUUUCACCUCUGCACUACCAAAAACCUGAAAGUACUACCUCCCACAUACCUCCACCUUCACAAAAGGGCGUCCCUGGAUGUAAGCAUGUUAUUCAUACUUCUCAGCUGAUCUUUAGUAGCUGUGCUUUCAGGUGCCUUAACCCAACUCUCCCUGAGGGAAUUGGAUCUUUUCCUACAUUGAAGUCCAUUUAUAAGUGAAAACUGUAGCUGAAGAUGUAGAUUAAACAUUGUCAUAUUUUGCUUUUAUCAUGAAAAUUAAGGCCCUUGAUUCCCAUAAAUCCCUAUAUGUUUAAAAAAAUUGUAAUGGUGAAUAGAUCAAAGCUUGCCAUUUUUGCAGGUUCUUAAUGAUGCAUCAGUUGCAUGAUGCUCCCAUGUACUACUUGACAUUGAUAAAUUGUCAUGAGAAUUAGAUUUACAUUAAGGAAAAUGCGCAUUAUUAGAUAGAGCAGCUAUACCUCUAUUACUACUUCAAUUGGUUCUGUGGCUUAAAUGCUCUCAAUCUGAACCCACAUAUCCUUGAAUAUUUUUUAUUCAAUUUGUUUAUUAUCUUCUGAUCAUUAAGGAUAGUGAAAAAUCCAUUAUGUGGCCCAUUCUCAUAUUGUCACAUGCUAUAUUGUCAUGUUAUUUGGUAACAUGCAUGUUAUUGAUAAAUCUGGAGAAAAUUAAUCCUCCUUUCCUGUAAACUUUGAUUAACUAUUGGGUGGCCUUUAAUUUCUUUUUUUUUAUUAUUAUUUAUUUCUGUACUGUCCUCUUGGCCUCAUUGUUAAGAUCACCAUGUUGUAUUUUUUCUUAUAUUCAUUAUAUAUCAUUUGUUUUUUUUAUGAUCUGGGCACUGCUGACAAGGUGAACAUUUAGUGUGCCUCUCUAAUUGCCGUUGUAAAGGUGAUGGUGAGCCACCUUCAACAGCUGCAGUCCUUUUGCUGAAGGUACUCCCAUGAUGCUAUUGGGGAGGGAAUUCCAGGAUUUAGACCCAGUGACAACAAAGUACCAGCGAUAUAUUCCCAAGUCAGGAUAUUCUGUACCAUGGAUGGGGACCCGCAGGUGUUGGUGUUCCCAUGCAUCUGCUGCCCUUGUCCUUCUUUGGCAGGGUUCAUAUUUUGGGAGGUGUGCUGUCAAAAUGGCUGAGCAAGUAACUGCAAAGAAUUUUGUAGAUGGUACAGUGCGGCCACUGUACACCAGUGGUGGAGGGAGUGAAUAUUAGGGAGGAGGAUGGGAUAUCAAUCAAGCAGGCUGCUUUGUCCCAGAUGGUGUCAAGUUUCUUGUCCCUAUCAGGAACUAGAUUGAGAACAUUAUGCAUUUGACUUUUAAUCAAUGUACGAUUCCAAAUUUGGAGGUGAAAGUCCAGUGUG